GGGAAAGGAACGCUCACCGAGUACCGCGCCCCUGAGCGCAAGACCGUAGUUUUUGCUGGCCCUUGGGUAUUGGCGCUGGGAUGCACUCAGUGCAUUUUUUAAACAGUAGUUCUGUGACCAAAUGUAGAAAGUUUGACCAGAGGACUUUGAACGCUGACCAGCACAUUCCAAGCCUAACGAUUCAUGCUUACGGUUUAAAACCGAGGCUGCAGGUUUGCAGUUCAAUUGCAUAUUAGUCUUUCUUGCAACUGCCUUACUCUGUUGUUUUUUAAAACUUGAGAGAAGGACUUGAGUAGUUCACUAUUUGACAAGUAAUUAAAAGAGGUCACUGGAUCUGAUGCUUAUUUGAGCUGACAGAGUAGGACCUGUUGCAUAGCUGGCAGAUUAGCAGUUCUCUAUGAGAUAGUAAUUCUGUAUGGAUUCAUACUUGCUGGAAACUGCUGCUUUUUUUGCCCAGCAUGGAUUCUGGUGAGCUCAGACAGGUGAGGGAGUUUGGUAAUGGUGUGCAACCCCUACAAACCAAAAAUUUUAAAGAUUUUUAUCUAAGCUGAUGAUCUCUAAGCUGAUAUAGGCUGUGGGCACUACCUGCAUCCCAAGAGGUCCAGCUAUUGAGAUGCCAUUAUAUGAGUUUCUCUGUCAUGAGCUGUUGGAUGAGCAGUUCUUGUUCCUUUCCCCGUGGAAAGCAGGAAAAUUCAGGGUGGAUUUUUCAUUUCAGCCUUCUUACACUGUAGGAACUGCAUGUUACUUCUGGGGCAGCCACAGCAGGGAUGGCAACUGGCCAGGCAUGUCAGCACCUCAGCAGGACUCAGGUGGUGGCGUCUUGGUGACUAUAAUGAGGGGAAUAGAACAGAACUUAGGAGAAACUUCUUACUUGGCUGUGUGCAGUUUUUUAAGAAGUGGAGGAAAAAAACUUCUAACACCCAUGUUUUUCCCUUCCUCGAGAGGAAUCUCUCUUGCCCCACAUUUUUUGUUUUGGACUGAAGGGUGGUACUGCCCACUUCAUCAGGCUGUAGAACAUUUCAGUGUCUGGGUUUUUUUUUAAGGAGCAGGUCAGCUGUUUUAUCUGGCUACAUGCUUCCUUAGAAUCAGGCUUACUCAGCUGAGAAUAUAAUAAUUCCAUAAAAGCCUUUUGAGGGAUAAAACUGAAUUUUACUGAAAGGGCUUGUGGGUUAUCUCCCUUAUCCUGAAGGGAAGAGCACUGACACAAAAGUGAUAAGAUGUGUUUGCUCGCUCUCUCUCUGUGAGGGUGAAGGUUGCACAGGAGAUGGGAAGGGGAGCAGGGUUCCACCCUGGCUGCUCUGCUGCUCCUGCCCAGCUCCACCAGUGCCAAACGAACUCUCUCCCCACAGUUCUGUGAACACACGUGUUCAGUGUGAAAAAUAAUUUUGUCUUGGUCUGAUGAAGUUUCUUUUGAAACAAUGUUGAGGAUUUAGCUUGUUGCUGUUUAAAAUUGUCUACGAGUGGUAAUUCCUAACGUUCCCAAUGAAUCAAGAACUAGCUCCCAUGUACUCCUUGUUGCAUUUCUUUGAAUUUUGAUAGGAUUUUGGCUAACUGCUUUCAGCAUUUUACUAUACAGAUGGCAUCAUUUUGUUGUGUAGGAGUUUCUUGUGCCAGCCAGAGAAAGACUAAAUGAUAUUUUAAAUAGGAAUACAAAAAGAGUUGGCACAAGGCUCAGGGAGGAAGGAGUAUAUUUUGAAUGCUUUCACUGAUCUUAAAUUUCCCUUCUUUCAGUUAGCUGGGAUAUUUUAAACUUUGAAGUUGUUAAAAUUCAUCUAGAACAACAUACACACAGGUCUUGGAACUAUCUGACACACAGAAUACCAUAUAGAAGUUUUCUUCCUGAGAAAAAUACUCUAAUGCAGGUUCUCCAGAGGUGGUUCUAGGGAGUAUCUGUAAUAUUUGGAGUUGAAGGCCAAUCAAAAUACACAAUUACUGCUUGAGUAUUUUCCUUUUGAGGCCUGACUGGGAUGCCAUUAACUAGUUAAUUCUAGCUUUUCCUGCUGGUCCUCCCACUCCUCCUGCCUUAUCCCUAUUACAAUACAAGCCUUCCCUCAAUCAGAGCAACAGUGCUCUUUUUGAUCUACUCUGUUAGCCACAGAGUUUUCAUGGUGCUUAGAAAGCUUUGGAAACAAGGAGGGGUUUUUUUGUUUGUUUUCAACCCAGGUUUAGCAGAAAGCAGAAGUGAAAUGGAACCACUAGAGAGUCAGCCCAGCCCUGAAAUUGUUCUGAGUAUUUGGUUUAAUCCUGAGGUGACAUGUAGUUAUCUGACUUCCACUUCUUGAAGCAGGGCUCCCUUAACAAUCCAAACCCAGACACCAAUGUUUGAGGUGUGUUCUUUAGGAUUAAAGAGAGAGAUUUCUCUGUAUAUUUAGAAUGCUUAGAAACAGUGCAGUCUUAGGUCUUUAAAAAUCAAACCAGCUUCCUUUCCUGUUUUGUAUUUUAGUUCUACUGGACAUAAAAACUGUGACAGUACUAAAAGUCACAUAAUAAGACACAUAACACUUUUUUAUACCCAGUUCUCAAGCUGGCCUUAAAACUGGCUUAUUUUGUAUGUAUCUGGUUUUGUGUAGAAGAAUGUCCAUUACCUGUUCCCUUAACUGAGUAUUUUGAGAUGGAAGGAGGCUUCCGCAGAUGGAUGUUUGUGUCUGGCAAGAGCUGUAAAAUAGAAGGACAUUCCUUUCCCUUCUGUUUUGUUCUUUACAAGCUGGACACUAAGAUCAGGAAAGGAUUUUUGGUGCCCAGCAGUCCAGAAUUCUUAGCAGCAGCUGCUGCACUGCAGAAUUGAAGCUGGGAGUUAUCUCCUCCUCCUCCUCCUCCUCUUCUCCGCCCCACUCCUCCUGCCAGUCUUGCAUUCAGGCUGGCGCUGGGAUGAGCUGUGCGAGGCCAGCUGGCUGCUCCUCUCACUAGAGCACUGCUGCCCAGCAGCCUGGGACAGACGGCAGGGUGUUUUUUGGGGAGUUGUGUUUCAAUGGCCACCCGGACUAGCAAGAAGCAAGGACUGCUCAUAUGGACAGCUCAUUUUUAUCGUGUGCAGAGUCGGCUUUGUAGUGGGAUGUUGAAAUGUGACACAAUGCCUAUUUGUUUGCAAUAGCUGCAACUCUCGUAGCAGAGAUUCAAGUGGGAAACAGAGAGGGAAUCCAGAGACAAACCAGCGGGGGAUUUAGGAACUGUGACGCCGUGUCCUCUCUCCUGUGCCGGAGCAAGCAAAGGAAAGAGAGGUAGAGGAAAAAAGACUGAGCCUUGCAACAGCCGUCACCCUGACGAUGUGUCAGUCAAACACCCUGCAGGGACCAGAGCUCCACACAGGGAAAUGGUGAGAUACUACAAAGCUUUAUCUAACCCUCCACCCUCUUGCUACAACCUCCACAAAGUUAAAAUUCAUGUCCGGAGGCUGCGCUCAGGGAACGGCGGCAGCAGCAGCUGUGCCGGGGACCAGCACCCACAGCUGGGGAGUCCAGGCCCAGCUGGCUCUGCCGGUGGGACACCAAGUAGGAGAACUCGUUUCAGGUUGCAAUUCCCCCAGCUGGCCCUGAGGCGAAGGUUGGGCCAGCUGAGCUGUAUGUCUAGGCCUGCUCUGAAACUCCGUUCUUGGCCUCUGACUAUUCUCUAUUACCUUCUGCCUUUCGGUGCUCUUAAACCCUUGACCAGAGUGGGAUGGAGGCCUGUGAGCAGGGUUGCCCUGUACAAGUCGGUCCCAACGCGGCUGCUCUCCCGAGCCUGGGGUCGCCUGAACCAGGUGGAGCUGCCCACGUGGCUGCGGAAGCCGGUGUACAGCCUGUACAUCUGGACCUUCGGGGUCAACAUGAAGGAGGCAGCUGUGGAGGAUCUGCAUCACUACAGGAACCUCAGCGAGUUCUUCCGCAGGAAGCUGAAACCACAGGCACGGCCAGUCUGCGGUGUGCACAGUGUGAUUAGUCCCUCUGAUGGAAAGAUCCUUAAUUUUGGACAGGUAAAAAACUGUGAAGUGGAGCAAGUAAAAGGGGUCACUUAUUCUCUGGAAUCUUUCUUGGGACCUCGCAUCUCCACAGACGAAAUGCAUUUUAGCCAGGCCCCACCUGGUAACACUUUUCAGCAACAACUGGUCACAAAGGAGGGGAAUGAGCUCUACCACUGUGUAAUUUACCUUGCACCAGGGGAUUAUCACUGCUUCCACUCACCCACGGACUGGACAGUGUCACAUCGACGGCAUUUCCCAGGCUCUCUGAUGUCUGUCAAUCCUGGAGUUGCUCGCUGGAUCAAGGAACUGUUCUGCCACAAUGAGCGGGUUGUCCUUACAGGUGACUGGAAACAUGGCUUCUUCUCAUUAACAGCUGUAGGAGCAACAAACGUGGGCUCCAUCCGCAUCUACUUUGACCAGGACUUGCACACGAACAGUCCAAGUUACUCUAAAGGUUCCUACAAUGACUUCAGCUUCAUAUCCAACAACAACAAGGAGGGAAUUCCAAUGAGGAAAGGGGAACAUUUAGGGGAAUUUAACUUAGGCUCUACAAUUGUACUAAUCUUUGAGGCACCCAAGGACUUCAGAUUCAACCUCAAAGCUGGACAAAAAAUCCACUUUGGAGAAGCACUGGGCUCUCUAUAGGAACUGUCUGAGCAAGAAGAUUUUCUAUAAAAAGGGACUCUUCACACCACUGAGUGUUUCAUUUACCAAGUUUGUAUCACUCAGCAGGACCUGGGUGAGGAGGAAAAAAGAUGUCACUGCUGCAUUAAACUUGAAAGUAUUUGGUCUACAUUCACCUGCUGCUGAAUGUAGAAACUGAAUUGAAUGAUCAUGGAUGUAUUUGGUACAGCUGCCUUUAAAGAUCUUGCCCAUGGUGGUUUCAGGCCCACUCUGUGCCUGUAGUCUUUCAUGUUCUCCCCUGAAUGUGCCACAGGAUAAUUAUGUUCUUACAGCCUCUAAGUCCCUUUUAAGCCUUCCUAGGCAGGUGCAGUGGGAAAGGGUGGAGGUAGAGAUUACCUGUAUUUAAAGGGACACUGACAGGCUGAGUCAGACCUUGUACCUUCAGUAUCAAUUUUUCAGACCUUGAGUAAAGAAUAUAUUCUCAUAUUUAUUUUAUUCUAAGAAACUCCACCCAAAUUCCUAGAUAAAAGCAGUCUCUGAAUGCACAGACAGCCAAACAGGGAAAUUUGCUGGUGUGGCUUCAUGGCCCAAAGUAAAAUGUACAACAGUCAGUCAGUACAAUGAGUGACACUCAUCCUGAGUUUUGUACUGUUAAACAGCUUUAGUUCUUCUGUCUAACAUUAUCCCUUCAAACAUGGACUUUGCACUGUAUUUUAAACCUGAAAACAGUGUCUACAUUCCAGACAACAGAACUUGUCAUCUUGCUAUUUUUUUUAAGAUAGACAAAGCUCUGUGUCCUCUUCCUAAUCCAUUGUUUUAUUUUGCUAUUCCAGGCCUUAAAGCUUUUGUCUUUAUGAAAGACAGUUAACUUCACCUCUUGGAUUAAGGAGUUAGAAGACACAGGGCAUAUUUUUGCUGGGUAAUGUGAUGGCAACUAAAGUAAGCUUUUUCUUUCUGCUAUGUAUCUUGUUACUUUGUCACUAAAUUCUUGAAGAAUUUGUUCCUCUGUUAAAGGACAGCUUCAGCUACUUCAGGACCAAUUUUUAUUGUACAGAGUGAAAUGUCCUAUGCACUGACUGUGUUUAAAAUAUUUAUGGCUCUUUAAAGAAAUCCCCUGUUGCUUCCCAGGUGCCAGUCUGUCCCUCCCUUAACUGGGCAACAACUUCAUCUUAUUCAAAAUACAAACCAAAAAACCACACUGGCUCUGACUUCUACACUCAUACUUAAUGCUAGGAAUGUGCUGGGGGCUGAAAUCUUUGUGCUGAAGCUUAAUCCACUGUAAAAUUUUAAAGCCUCUUCAUGACUUCACAUCAAGAAGAGUUAAAAUCUAACACCUUGGAUCUACUGCAUGUGGCACUGACAAAAACCACUGCCAAAGUGAAGAGGAAUUGAAUUUUAAAGCAAUGUAUAAAUCGGUUUUUAAGAAUAAACUGUUUCAAGUCCCAGCACUCAAACAUUUAGAACUGAUUUUGCUAUCCAGAGCUUGUUGGAGUGGACACGCUUAUGAAACCUGCCUUUGUGCUUUCUGAAAGAUUUCUCAUACUACUUCCUUGCUUGAGCUACUUUUCUCCUACUUCAAGGAGACGACAGGCUUUGAUAAGCUCUGAUCUCCUAAAGAAACCCUUCUUUGUAUGCACUGCAGAAAAUAGAAUAUAAUUUUGUUGUACAAAUGUCCAGUUUGCCAAGUCCUGUAUGCUUAGCUUGUCAUCGGGAAGGAAGCGAUGAUAAACUGCCUCUAAGUGAUGUAGCCCAGCAUGAGUCAGAUGAGGGUGGCUGUUUGGGUGACAAGCAGGAGAAAAUUCAUUUGGCUCCAGGAGUCAGUGUUUCCUCGCACAGGGAGGAGUUUGAAAGCUUGAAGUGGCUCUCAGCCACCUAUCUUGUUAAAAUUCUUGGUAUUAGCAAGUUUACUCCUGCAGCAGUAAAGUACCAGAUACAAGUCUUUUUAAAUCUUUGAGAGUGAGAAAAGAGUAAGGCAAAUAUCAACCCCAAGAGGAUAAAAUUAGGGUGAGCUUUUUGAUUGAAUUUCAAUGUCAUGUUAACAAGAGAAAGUGUUUUUUUCCAGUGGAUGAGAGAAAAAGACAGCUGAAUCUUUUCCUUCUUUUCCACUGGGGUUUAUGACAUCCAGACAAAGCCAAAGGAAGUUAAAGCUUUAAUUUCUUCCUACUCAGCAGCAUCAUCCAUAGUAUCUGAAGGUAAAUAUUAGCCUAGUGAUGGAGGAAGGGUUGCUUGAUGUUUGCUUUAUUAGAAAUCUCAGAAGGAAGAGAGGAUUCAGCAUGCAAGUGGCUGUUGUUUUGAUGGUUUUAAUACUGUGCAGAGCAAGCUAAUAAACCAACAUUGCUUGUGAUGCAGGGGCAGCAAUGCACCCCAGGAGUGAAAAAGUUCCUCGAGGGUACUGAUAAUGCUGUGAAUUUCUCCUGCAUGGAGAAUCCAUUUAAUUCAACUGUAUCAGUAGCACGGUAUUUUUGUAUGUCAAAGUGUAUGACUUACUGACACGAACUCAUUUAAUUGCAAACAUUUUGAAAUAAAGAGUCUUAUCUGUGUUGCUUA